CACGGGGUGGGUGUGUGUGAGCAUCAUUCUAGGGGUUCAUUCCUGGGGGCUGCCACGCUCAGUUACAGCCCCAGGACCUUCACCUUCACCUUAACCACCCAUCUCCUUUUGGGCAGAUCCUUUUGGACAGACGGCUGCUGUGGGCUGGGCUCAUUGUCUGGAACACGGUAGCUUUAAGGCACGUGUGCACGUGCCCCUUUGCUGUCAGAGUCAGAAAGAACCACAGAUAAAUUAUCCUUUGUGUGGCUGCGGGUGUUUUACAGUUCACGGUGGGUGGACUCUGUCCAGGUGCCAUUCUGAGUUUUUAUUUAGGGUAGAACAGAUCACGUGUUUUCCCCUGCUUUUGUUAAAAUGGCAUUUAUGAGUUGACCAGAUGUUCUGAAUUCAAUUGAGAGGCUAAAACUCAAUUGCAGGCACCCGCCCCACUGUUGAGUUAAAAAUUCAAACCAAAGUGCAAACCCACGGACAGUGGGGGAUGUGCAGCUCAGCUCAGUCCUGUUCCCCACAUUUGUGAUGAGGACCUGAACUCUGACAUGCAGGGGAGUCUGCCAGGAAAGGACUACUGUUUGAGGAGAUUGCUGAAACUCUGGUGCAAAGGGUUAAUAAAUCCUGGGCCGAGGAGAUAGGACUGGAAUGCAUUUUGGUGGGUUUUGGCAGGCCAGCUUGUUACAAGUGGCUGGUGUUUUGUUUAGAUAAAGAAGAAAGGAACGUGGUGUUGGUAUUCCAUUAUGUGAGUUUAUAAUGUUGUUAAAGAUAAAGCAAAGAAUAUUGCAGUGAUGUAAAUCCCAAUGGAAUCAACAUCAGGUGAUGGAGUAGAAGUACCUGGAGUGAGCUGUGGGAUUAAUGUGGAGCUGAUUACUGAAGGUGUAAAUUCCCUUCCCUGAGGAAAGCUCUGCUGAAGUGGCUUUUCUGAGCUGUCCCAAGGUCCCCAAGACCUGCUCCUCCUUUUCUGCCCCUGAGGGUGAACACCAGCCUAAUCAAGGCCAGCUUGGCCUUGUGCAGAGAAAUUAAUAUUCUUAUGGACUUGUGCAAACACACAUCUCUGGAACAACUUUAUCCUUGCACAUGGGGGCUGGAACAAGAUGAUCCUUAAGGUCCCUUCCAACCCAAACCAUUCUGAGGUUCUGAAUUUAUCAAGCUGCCAGCUUGGAAUAAUUGUAAAAUCAGGAUUUUACUGAACAGGUAUCUUGGGCUAAAGGAGGUUUAGGAAUCAGUUUGGAAUACUUAGGAAUAUUCCACCCCUUUCCCAUGGCUUGUGGCUCAUGACAGGCAAAUACACUGGUUCCUUCAGCAGCAAAACUUUUGAGUAUCAGAAGAUGAGUGAUUUAACUUUCAUGACACAAAAGUUUAUUUAACUUUAUGACAGCAGUGAGGCCCCAGUGUGCUGCAAGGUCACUCUUGCUCCGUGGUUUUCCUGCUUCUGUAUUUUUUACUGAGCACAACUGUCAGCAGCAAAAUACCUGUUGCAGGGCUCCACAGCAGUAAGAGAGGGGGUUUUGUGCAGGUCAAAUUGUGAGGAAAUCAGGGAUGUUUUUGCAGGGCUGGGGUAGUUUGGAUGUGUGUUUGUAGGGGGUGUGGAAGCUCUUCAGAUAGGAGUGUUUUUUGGGAUCUGUGUAAAGUGUUCCCAGGAGUUUCUGGCUGGCAUCAGCUGUGAUUCAGGGAUAAAAUCCUCCUUCCUGGGCAACACUGAGGCGAGUGGGCCAAAAAAAGAGCUCUGACUCCCUCGUUGUGGCUGCGUUCAGAUGAGAUCCUCCAUCCUGGAUGUGAGUUUUUGUUCCCUCAGGCUCCCACGAUGUUUGCCCAGUGCUCCCGGAAUUCCCUGAGCCCCGUGGUGCUGCUGGUGCUGCUGGGCUGCCUCCUGUGCCCCCCAGCACAGGCCAGCAAGAGCUCCGAGGACAUUCGCUGCAAGUGCAUCUGCCCCCCGUACCGGAACAUCAGCGGGCACAUCUACAACAAGAAUGUGUCCCAGAAGGACUGCAACUGCCUGCACGUGGUGGAGCCCAUGCCAGUGCCUGGGAACGACGUGGAGGCCUAUUGCCUGCUCUGCGAGUGCAAGUACGAGGAGCGCAGCACCACCACCAUCAAGGUGAUCAUCAUCAUCUACCUGUCGGUGGUGGGGGCCCUGCUGCUCUACAUGGCCUUCCUGGUGCUCGUGGACCCCCUGAUCCGCAAGCCCGACCCCUACACCCACCCCCUGCACAACGAGGAGGAGAGCGAGGACACUCGCUCCUUGGCCGCAGUGCCCACCCCGGCCGGAGCCAGAGCCAACACGGUGCUGGAGCGCGUGGAGGGGGCCCAGCAGCGCUGGAAGAGGCAGGUGCAGGAGCAGAGGAAGACGGUGUUUGACCGGCACAAGAUGCUGAGUUAGAUCCCCGUGGGCCCUCGGCAUCGCUUCCCAGGACACGGGGCAGCUCCUGGAGCAGCCGCACAGGGAUCACCGUCGGGACACCGCGGUGUUGGACUGAAAGCUCGAACCCUUCCCUGAUUCACUGUCUCCAUCAGCCCCAAAUGCCUCCCCUGGUUCUGCCCCCUGCCCUUCCCCUCGCAGAGCCCAGAGGCUCCUUCCCCUGCCCGGCUGAUCCUGGGGCUGCGUGAGGAAGCCCCGGACUCCUGGGGCUCCAUCAGCCCCCCCACAUCAGACAGGGAUCUCAGCACGGAGCGCUGGGAGCUGGCUGAGUCUUCCUCAGAUACAAACAGUGGGGUAAUUUUGAUGUGGGAUAAAUUAUGUGAUGCUCCUCCAGGAUGAAGCAGCCACCUCUUCCUCCUCUUCCUCCGGCGUGCACUGAUGUUAACUGGGCAUUGUGGUGCACGUGUGCAGCACUGGGAGGGAGAGGAGGGGGUUCCUGCCAGCUGCUGCUUCCCCUUAUCCUGGUGUAAAUGGAGAGAUUUCCACACCCCAGUGAAGUCUGUCCAGGUUUACACGGGCACAAGCGAGGCUGCAGCUUGUUUCUGUGCAGGUGAACAUCACCAACCCAAUUAGUACCUGCACCAGGAGGAGUCCAGCAGGUGAAACCAGCUGAUUUACAUUUAUAUCUUUUCAUUCUUUAGCAGUGGGUAAAAACCUCCCGGGGAGAAACCUUUCCGUUUGUGCCCAUGCUGGUGACCCUUGGUGCUCUCCCAGUGAGGGCAGAGCAUUUGUGUCCAAGAGAACCAGGGCAAAGGCUCUCCUGGAGCACUGGAAACACUUGUCUGGGCCUUGGGGCCCUGGGGAGGGGACACUUGUGCGACUCAAAGCACUCUGAGAGCUCUGGCCGGACUUGGGCUGUGUGGAGGAAACCAAAGUGAUUCUGUGAUGUGCACACUGAGAACAUUUGGAAUGUCAGGAGGUGCUGGAGUUCAUCGUGUAGCAUCUCUCUAUUAAAUGCAGACUAAGAUCCACUA